GAGAGAGAGUCACCAUAUGAUUCAUAUUCAUACAUACAUACAUACUUGAAUGAAAACUCACACUCUCUCUUUAUUUAUGAAAAUUCAAUUUCUUUCCUUCACAUGUUUUUCCGGAAGAGAUUUUGUGUAUGAAAUUACAUAUAUGCCACUAUCCAUUGUUUAUAUAUAGAAAAGCUCAGCCACCUCCACCACCUUACUGCUACUACUCUCCAGACUCCAAUGGAAGAAGAUCUAAAGGAACUUCAGCUUCUCCCCACUGCACAUCCCACAGCUUCAUCAUCCCGCCCGUGGCCGGCCGAGCCACUGCCCAAAUUCAGAUCAGCCGCAGGGGAGCCAUCGCUGGACCUCCAAUUGUCAAUCAGCGUGCGGCCAAUCAGCAGGCCGGCGGCGCUGGAAGGGGUGCUGAUGAAUCCGCUGUGCGAGUACACGGCGGAGGUGGAAACUGUGAAGUGGCAGGCGGCGGAGCAAAUACGGCUGGCGGCGGUGGAGAAGGCGUACGCGGAGCGGGUGAGGGAGCUGACGCGGCGGGAGAUGGAGAUGGCGCAGUCGGAGUUCGCCAGGGCGAGGCAGAUGUGGGAGAGGGCGAGGGAGGAAGUGGAGAAGGCCGAGCGGUUGAAGGAGAAGGCGACUAGGAGGCUAGACUCCACCGGCAUGGAGAUCACUUGCCAGGCUUGCCGGCAAAAAUUCCUGCCAUGAAUUAAUGAGAUCCAGAGAGCGUUCCAGCUGGGGUUUAAUUGUAAGUCUGUAAUGUUUCCAAUUUGACAGAGAAUAACUAAUAAACUUUGGGUUGGAACUUGGCAUCCAUCUUUAACAAGCGCUAUCAAUCCAUUGAUUGCCUGGAUUGUCAUUCUCAUGCCUUCUCUUUCCAUCAAAAAGUUCAAAGA